UCAGAGUUAAAAAUAUAUGAUUAUUUAUUCUAUUCGGAUUUCGGAGGCGCCUUUUCAUCUCCGCUCUCUCAAAAGGGCGCACACUCUCUAAAGCUCAAAAUCGACGUCUGGAGGGUUUGGUACUGGAAUACGUUAGAGGAGCGUGGUUUUUCCUUCAUUCGAUUCUUACUCGAAUGAUCGCUUUUAAAAAUUGGUGCAAUCUGUCCUGAAGUUGUUCUACCAUUUCGAUUUAUUUUGUAUAGCGUGUUGGUGAAUUAUCGUCUGGUAUGGAAGCUAGGGUUUCGAUGAUUAUCAAGAACAAUCGAAUUUAAGUUGAUCAUCAGUCAAUCAAGAAAUAUCCUUAGAUUCAGCAGUGUCUGUUCGUCGAUAAAUGGAUAGAGAUUUGGGGUCAGAGCCUACUCCAAUCGAUAAAUCUACUGUGUUGGAUGUGAAGCCGUUGCGAUUUCUCGUCCCGAUUUUUCCGAAUGCUGCUUCAGCUUCAACCCCACAGCCUACACCCUUUACAUUUACGUUGCCGUCUGGACCCUUUCCACCGGGAGUUCUACCAUUUUACCCUUUCCUUGUGCAAGAUGGAUCGCAGAGAUACGCCUCGGGUGCUCAAAAUCCGAAUGUUGAUUUCGGGGUAGGUGGUAGUAUCCCUGCUCCGGUUCCUUUGAAUUCAUUUAAGACCCCAUCGACAUCUCAUCCAAACGGGGGUGUUAAUCGGCGCAAGAGGACACACCGGGGUACCGUGGAUAUUGAAGAUGAUGACUACAGUUUCUCGCCAAAUCAGAGCGGACAGAAUGGAAGCGCAAGUGGAUUUAGUGCUCCCGGGAAUGAUUUUGAAAUCGGUAGUACCGGGAAACGGAAGGGGGGCCGGCCGAGGAAAAUCGUGCCGGAGAAUGGGGAGGAUACUUUUGACGUAACGCCGAUAAUGGAUAGCUUCUUGGCCGUGUUCAAAAUUCACGAUUUCGAGGAGUUUAGACGAUCUAUUGGUGACACAGAUGCUGCCCAGACCAUACUAUUGGUCUACGAUUUGAUUCGGAGACGGAUUUUGCAACUCGAAGAAGCAAAAGGGAUAUCCUCGGGUGUAUCCCGACGCCCCGACUUGAAAUCUGGAGCUGCUUUAAUGGCGAAAAGGGACCGGACAAAUAAAACUCGGCCGAUCGGGCGUAUACCCGGAAUUGAAGUCGGAGAUAUCUUCUUCUUCAGAAUUGAGCUUUGCGUCGUAGGUCUACACGCUCCAAGUAUGGCGGGCAUCGAUUACAUGAGUUUUAAAGAUACCGGAGAUGACGAACCUUUGGCUGUCAGCAUAGUAUCGUCGGGAGGAUACGAAAACGAUGGCGACGAUGCGGAUGUGUUGGUUUACUCGGGGCAGGGCGGAGUACAGAGGAAAGACGGACGAAUGUUUGAUCAGAAGCUCGAAAGGGGGAAUCUUGCUCUUCAAAAAAGUCUAACUCGCGGUAAUGACGUACGCGUCAUAAGGGGUAUAAGGGAUAAUAACAACUUGGCUGGGAAAAUCUACGUUUACGACGGCGAGUACCGAAUUCAGGAGUCGUGGGCGGAAAAACAUAAACUCGGAUGUAACGUUUUCAAGUAUAAAUUGGUUAGGGUUCCAGGGCAGCCGGAGGCUUUCUCGUUAUGGAAACGGAUUCAGCAGUGGAGAGACGGAACGGAUACCCGCAACGGGGUUAUUAUUCCGGAUCUAACGUCGGGUGCCGAAAGUCAGCCCGUCGUUCUCGUCAACGACGUUGAUGACGAAAGAGGACCUGCGUAUUUCGCGUACGCUCCUCGACUUAAGUAUUCUAAACCUUUUGUCACGUCGAAUUUUACGACGGGGUGUCAGUGUCUAGGUGGGUGUCAGCCGGGCGACACCGCCUGCCCUUGCGUUCGGAAAAACGACGGAGCUCUGCCCUACACAUCGCUCGGAAUAAUUCUAACGAACAAAUAUCCGAUACACGAGUGCGGAAUGAACUGCGCCUGCCCUCCGGAUUGCCGGAACCGUACAUCUCAGGCGGGUUUGAAAAUUCGAUUAGAGGUUUUUAAAACGAAGGACAGAGGUUGGGGCCUCCGAUCUUGGGACCCGAUUCGAGCGGGAAGUUUUAUCUGCGAAUAUGCCGGGGAUGUCGUCGACGUCGUCGAUGCCGAUGAAUAUGGGAAUGGAAAUGACGAUAAUUAUGUAUUCGAUGCAACCCGUCGCUACAAGCAGCUAGAAUCACUCCACGACGAUGACUCCGCCGGUGUCGGUAAAUCGCCGUUUCCUCUUGUUAUAAGUGCUAAAGAGAACGGGAAUGUUGCGCGUUUCAUGAACCAUAGCUGCUCGCCGAAUGUCUUCUGGCAACCUGUCGUUUGUGAAAGCAACAAUGAUUCGUACGUCCACGUCGCUUUCUUUGCCAUCCGACAUAUUCCUCCGAUGCAAGAGCUGACGUAUGAUUAUGGGAUGGUUGCUCCCGAGAAAGUAGAUAAAGGAAAGAAAAAUUGCUUAUGUGGAUCCACAAAAUGCCGGGGCUACUUCUACUAACGGCACCGUGCUCGUAAUUACUGGAUUAAGAAAGGUGUCGGACAGUGACCAGAAUAGAAUUUUCCGGUAGCGCAGGAUUAAGAACGAACGAUCUUUUUGAAGUUAAGAGUCGGGCUAUGGAUUCGCCACUCUGCUAGUAUCGGUAAUAUGUUUAUACAUAUAUAUAUGUAUGUAUAUUUUAGUACUAGUUACGGAUUCGGCGAGGCAGUUUUGUUUUUGGACACCCCACACCCUCCCAACCCUUGGACAUAAGUUAGGAUGUUCAAAAUUGUUUUUUUGACUAUUAUGUGGUAAGAAUCCGAGAAUAUUUAUUUGCCUGGUUCUGUUCGGUGCC